GGGCGGCGGCGGCGGGCGCUGCGCUCGCUGGGCAGCCUGGCCGGGCGGCUGCUCCGCACCUGGGCGCGCCUGGCCGGGGGGCGCGGGGGCCGCCGCGCCGCCCCCGAGGAUGACGAGGGCGGGUUCCGGGGAGGGUCGCGGCGGCGGCUCGGCGGGGCGGCUCCGGUGGCGGCGGGGGGCGCCGCGGGGAGCGAUGCGGGAGCGGGCGGCGGGGAGCGGCCGCCGGGCGCGCAGGGGCUGCGGAACCACGGCAACACCUGCUUCAUGAACGCCGUGGUGCAGUGCCUGAGCAACACGGCGCCGCUGGCCGAGCGCCUGGCGCUGGGCCGGUACCGCGCCCGCGGUGCCCGCGCCGAGGUCACGCAGCGGCUGGCGGCCCUGGUCCGGGCGCUCUGGACCCGCCAGUACACCCCGCAGCUCUCCGCGGAGUUCAAGAACAUCGUCUCCAAGCACAGCUCGCAGUUCCGGGGCAACGCUCAGCACGACGCGCUGGAAUUCCUGCUCUGGCUGCUGGACCGAAUGCACGAGGACCUGGGCGCCGCCUCCCCCGCCCAGCAGAGCCGCGGCCCCACGCAGCCUGGCAAGGACGGGAGCAGCGGUGCCAGCAGGUCUCCCCCAGGCACCCAGCACCCCCGGGGGCAGAGCUUCGUGCAGAGCCACUUCCAGGCCCAGUACAGGUCCUCCCUGACGUGCCCUCACUGCCUGAAGCAGAGCAACACCUUCGACCCCUUCCUGUGCAUCUCCCUGCCCAUCCCGCUGCGCCAGACCAGGGCUCUGAACGUCACGCUGGUGCUGCAGUGCGAGCGCUGGCGCUUCGUGCGGGUGGGGCUGGCCGUGCCGCUGCUGGGCACCGUGGCCGACCUGCGGGAGAUGGUGGCGCGGCACGGCCGCGUCCCCGCCGAGCAGGUGAUCCUGGCCGAGGUGUCCCCGCGGGGCCUCCUGCGCUCGCUGUCCGACCCCGAGGCGCUGCGGGCGGCCGGAGAGGCCGCGCCCGUCUACGCCUUCCAACCACCGCCCGCCCGCCGCGCAGGGUGUCCCCGCAGCCUCCCCACGUCCCCCGCGGUGCCACGGCCGGAGGGGCCGCGGCUGCUGCCCAGCGCCGCCCGCUCCUCCGAGUGCCUGCACCGCGCGCCCGGCGGCCGCAUCCUGCUGCUGCUCUGCAACACGGCGGGCACGGGCCCGCAGCUCGCCAGGUUCGGGCCGCCGCUGGUGCUGCGGGAGGAGCGCGGCGUCUCCUGGGAGCAGCUGCAGCAGAACAUCCUGGCCCAGCUCAGGGGGGUCCUGCGGGGAGAGGUCCGGCCACAGGGCACGGGGGCCCUUUUCCGGAUCCGCCUGGCCGGGGGCUCGGCCCCCUGCACCUACCUGUCCCCUCAGGAUCCCCGCCCUCUCUGCCACCCUGCCAUCGACAGGGCCCUGCAGCUGUGCGGGGCCGGGGGCCCUCCCCACGUGAGGCUGACGGCGGAGUGGGACACGAGCACCAAAGAGCGGCUGUUCGGGAGCAUCCGGGAGGAGGCGGUGCAGGACGCGGAGAGCGUGCGGCAGCAGCAGCAGGCGCACGGGCAGCAGCACAGCUGCACCCUGGACGAGUGCUUCCAGCUCUACACCAAGGAGGAGCAGCUGGCCCCGGACGAUGCCUGGCGCUGCCCGCACUGCAAGGUGCCCCAGCAGGGCACGGUGAAGCUCAGCCUGUGGACGCUGCCCGACAUCCUCAUCAUCCACCUGAAGCGCUUCCGGCAGGUGGCCGAGCAGCGGCACAAGCUGACCACGCUGGUGCGGUUCCCGCUGCGGGGGCUGGACAUGGCCCCGCACGUGGCGCAGCGGGCACAGCCCGGGGGACAGCUCCGGGGCCGCUGGGCGCCCUGGCAGCCCCCCCUGCGCCUGCCCCCGGCCUGCCCCCGCGACCACCUCUACGACCUGUACGCCGUCUGCAACCACCACGGCAGCAUGCAGGGCGGCCACUACACCGCCUUCUGCUGCAACGCCCUGGACGGGCGCUGGUACAGCUACGACGACAGCCGUGUGGAGGGGGUGCGGGAGGCCGAGGUGAGCACCCGCAGCGCCUACAUCCUGUUCUACCAGCGCCGCCGCGCCGCCGGCUCCGGCACGGGGCACUGGGUGUUCCGCCUGGCCGCCGCCGAGCCCCGCACCGAGCCCGACCCCUCCGGCUCCGCCGGCGCCGCGGAGAACGGCGGGUUCGAGGCGCGGCCCCCGGUGCGGGGUCUGCAGGGGCUGCCCGCUCGCAGCCUCAGCGUCCGGACCGCACCCCCGGGACACGGCGAGCCGGGCCCCCCCCGCGCCCCCCGACGGCUCCGCCGGGCCGCCAGCGCCGAGGGGACCCCGCGCCGGCCGCCCCCGGGCCCCGGCAGCCCCGAGGGGCCGCGGGGGGACGCGGGUGUCCCCCCGGACCGCUGCCCCCCCGGCCCCUCGGCGCUGGGGCGGUCGCGGAGCUCGGCCAGCCUCCCCCCCCGGCCCGAGGGGGGGCUGCGCAGGUCCGCCUCGCUGGGCAGGGGGCCGGCCCUGGCCGCCCGGGCUGCCCCCGGGGCCGCCCCGCAGCGCGGCCCGCAGCUCCCCGGACCCCUGCGUCCCGCGGCCGUGCCCGAGUCCAGCUUCUGAGCCACGGCGGGGGCACCGCCCCGGCGGCUCUGCAGCCGGGCCCGAGCGCGUCGGGGAGCCCCCCACGCCGGGCGUCCCACCGCAAGGGUGCCUGAACCAGGGAUCCCAAACCGGGAACAUCCCGGCCGAGGGCGUCCCGACCUGGGGGCUCCCGGCCCAGGCACUUCCGAGCCCAGGGAAAACCGAGCCAGGCUAUCCUGACCCAGGGGCUCCCAAAUGGAAUCCUGCCAUGGGG